UGCGUUUACACAGGCCUAUAGAUUUGAAACGAAAGUAAAACUAUAAUAGCCAAGAUGCAAGCCCUCUUAGUUCUUCUCUUCGCCGCCGUGACCCAGGCCAGUCUUGCUCCAUUCUACAGAGUUGAGCCCAACAUUCCCGGCCAGUACAUCGUUGCUCUCGAGGAUAGCGUCGAUGUCGGCAGAUUCGCAACUUCUAUCAAGACAGGAACUGUUCGCAAGACUCUCACCGGUAUCAUCAACGCAGUUGUUCUCACUCUCGAUGAUAAUUUACUAGAUAUCGUGCGUGGACUGAAUGGAGUUCGCUAUAUCGAAGAGGAUGGACUAGCUACUGUACUUGGUAGCCGAGAUCCUGUUCAAUACUGGGGACUUGAUCGUAUCGGACAGAGAACCAUGCCUCUAGAUGUGAACAUCACUUUUUCUGGUACCGGAAGCGGUGCAAAUGUGUUCAUCGUCGAUACCGGAAUCCAAUACAAUCAUGAAGACUUUGACGGAAGGGCACAUGAAUUCUUUGAUUACGAGACUUCAGGUAAUGGUGCAGAUUGUCAUGGACACGGUACUCACUGCGCAGGAACUGCAGGAGGAACGUAUAGUGGUGUCGCCGUCGAUACCAACCUGUACAGUGUUCGUGUGAUGACUUGCAGGGGAAGCGGGAGUUAUAGCAACAUCAUUGCUGGUUUAAACGCUGUGGCAGACUCUGCCUUGACAAAGAAGGUUGCUUCCAUGUCUAUUGGCGGAGGUUAUUCACUUGCUCUUAAUAACGCAGUUCAAAGUGCCGUCGAUAACGAUGUUGUUGUUGUUGUAGCAGCCGGCAACGACAACGCUGAUGCCUGCAACUAUUCUCCAGCUUCUGCAGCAAGCGCUGUCACAGUUGGAGCAACCCGCAAAUCAAUUGACGGCCAAAGCGAUCUCAGAUCCUCUUUCUCCAACUAUGGCACAUGUCUGGAUAUCUUUGCUCCUGGCUCCAGUAUUAACAGUGCUAAGUAUGAUAGUUCCAAAGACAAAUACACAUCGAUGAGUGGUACCAGCAUGGCAUGUCCUCAUGUUGCAGGAGCUGCUGCAGUUAUUAGGGGGAAUGCUGACAUGUCUCCAAGUUCGGUGACUGGUAAACUGAUCGAUAAUGCAACCCCAGACCAAAUCACUAGCCCUGGAACCGGUAGCCCAAAUCUUUUGCUCUAUGUUGCAUAGAUGAUUCCCAAAACUGCUAACCACCUUCCUUUUCAAUUAUUCGUUUCCCAAAAGCCCUAAAAUGUUGAAUAUUCAAC